GUCCCAUCUCUGCAUUUCUGUCCCUCUCCGGGUUUCAUUUCAUCUCAUCUCAUCAUUUCAUUUGCCUGGUCUGGCCAGUCGUGUCAGCCUCUUGUUCUUUUUGUGUUGUCGCCUCUUCUCCUUUCUUCACUACUCAUCAUCCCAUGGUCACGAGCUCCCUCUAGUCUCUUGACUCUCUUUCUUUUCUCUUCAUUCAUCUUUUCUCUAUAUUCACCUCACCCAACCCAACCCUCGUUAACCCAUCCUGCUUGACUAGGUACUGGUUUGGUUCUGGUUGUUCCACCGGCCUAUCGCUCGUUGCUUUGACAAGUGCCUGACAGUCGUCUGGUGACGGUGACGACCAAAGAACGACCGUCGAUUGCACGGUCCGGGUUCACUCAAACACACACGUGACCCUUGGACUCUAGGCACGCGACACCUCAACAACCUCACACGACCACCAUCACCAAAGACGUUCGACCUCCUCAUCGUGUCGGCGCUUCACCUACAACACCUUCUCUCGCAUCAUUGUUAACUAAUAUCUUCGUUGUUUGGUAAUACACUGUCCGCACAAUCAUGGACACGUCCUUUAAUGUUACGGGCGCCACCACACCCAGCAAACCCAACCUCGGGGGCGCCCAAUUUGCCUCACACGCGUGGGUUGAGCCUAUAAUUGUCAUUUCCAUCAUGGCGGCCUCCUUGACCUUUAAUCGUCGACGUGAUUACCGAAUCUUCGACUCUCCCCGAGGUCGCUCAUCCACGAGAUCUCUUCUGUCACGUGACAGUUCACAAGAAUCUUCACCAUCAGGGUCUUUCGCCGAUGUCGACACCACAACAUCAGCAGAAGUCAACGACCCUCUAAGUGGAACCACCAAAUAUCCAGCAAAGAAGCGAAGUUGCUGUGGCCUCAAUUUCCGAACUCCCAACUCAUCUCGAUUCGCCAACAAUUGGCAUAGUCGAGUCCUUCAAAAAUUCCCUUUCUUGAUUGAAAUGUUUUACUGGGUCAUGAACCUCGCUUUCUACGCAGCCACCAAAGCUGUUGCCCAGGUUCUGUUUUCACGUCAUGAUGACCUGAGACAGCGAGCCCAGGAUCACGGUGUGGCAAUUCUCAACUUUGAGCAACAUUCAUGGAUGAGUUGGUUCUUCUUUAUCCGUGAACUCGACUUUCAAGCUUUUUUCCUGAAUGGCCAUCUCACUGCCAUGACCUUUUUGAACCGUAUCUACUCUUUGGUGCACAUCCCAGGGACCGUUGCAUUCCUCUCCUGGUACUAUUACGCCGCUCCUAAUCACGCCACCUUUGCCGUUGUCCGCCGGACCAUGACUCUAGGCAAUUUCGCCGCCUUUUUCAUCUUCAGCUUCUUUCCCACCAUGCCACCCCGACUUUUGCCCAAAGAAUUUGGUUUCCACGACACCGUUCGACAAUCCAAAGCUGAAUCGAUCUGGGUCGGAGGAAACUACGUCAACCAACUUGCAGCAAUGCCCAGUCUGCACUUUACCUAUGCCUUCUGCGUUGGCAGCACAUUUUUAUAUCAUUCUGGAUUCGGCCGUCGCUUACAACGUAACGAACCACGAAAAUCUCACUUCACUCAGAUCGCAUUCCUCAUCGCUGGCGUUUGCUAUCCAUUACUCGUCCUCUCCGUCAUCGUCGCCACAGCCAAUCAUUAUUGGUUAGAUGCCAUGGCCGCUAUGGUCACCACCACACUUAGCUUUUUCGCCAAUCGCGUCUGGAUUUAUCUACUUCCUUUGGAGGAUAUUCUGUGUUGGAUUCUGAGGGUCGAGAAGCCCAUUCCGACAACAGGAGACCGUAUCCUAAGACAACAAGGCGGUCAGUACAGUGCGCUCAAGGAGGAUGAAGAUGAAGUUUGAAUUUGAUGGGUGGUUACUUUAAUUUGGAUGGUUUUGGAGGCAGGGAGGACUCUGGUCACUAACUUGAAGGGAACGGUUUGAGGCGUAGGAGGGCAUUUUGCCACGACUUAUGCUUCCGUCUAGUGGGAUUAUGCAGACCAGCUGCAGGGCACAAUUGUCCCCCUACCGGCAACAGCGGAACCCCGGCUUGACCAUUCGACCGAGCCAUCACCACUUCCAACCGUUGGCGUUUUCCUCACCCAUCAUCUAGGUCUAGCUCCAAGUUCAACUCGGACAUACCCAAUCAACCUCCCUUCGUACCAAUACACCAUUCCUCCGUUCACCCACCCAACCAUCCAAGCCUGCAUCACAAAAGGUGGCGAGUUCACCAUUCAUUAUCUACAUCUAUCUGGGACAUUUCUUGCAGCAUUUUGGGAACCUUUAUUUUCCUGUAUCCCCUUUGUCUUUUUAGCAAGGAGUAAGGGAACCACAUUUGAGAAUCCGAGUGGAUCAUUCCUCGGUCCUCAAGCCCAUUGGUCACAGGCCGGGCAUCACAAAGAAAGAAAGAAAGAAAGAAGGAAAGAAAUGAAUGCCCUCUUGGUUGCAUGGCUUCGACUUCGACAUUACCUUGGGAUUGGGAUCAGGGUUGGACUGGGUUGAGUUGGUUCAUUUUCAUUGGGCCAAGGCAUUGGAGAUCAGAGAGGAAGUUGAGGUGAUACAAUAGAUGAUGGGAGGAGAAGGAAGAAGUCUGAGGAGUGGGUGGAGGGUAUAUAAACUCUGACUCGUUAGGGUCAAGAGACAGAGUCGAUUCAGACCAAGAGACCACAAAACUUCUCAUCCCCGUCUGGGUGUGUUAGGAGAUAAAAAAUCACAAUGAUUAAAUCUA